UAGCUGGAAGUUGACUUGUAGUAGACGAAGUCGUAUACCUACAUCUAUUUUGGUGUCCAGUAUCCGACCACAUCCAGAAUAUUUACAGUGUCCAACAAAAUCAUCAUCAUGCAAAACCUUAGUCGCAUGGACAAGCCAAAAACCAUCACACACUACGUGUUGAUAAGCUCCGCCGACGAUACUGUCGCUGGUUUCACGAGCACUCUCGCCAAGUCCCUGGAAGACCAGGGAUUCCCGGCGAGAGUGCUCGUGGACCACCGCGACCUGAAGAAAGCGGAGAUUGAGACAGUGAGGGUGUUCAUCGUUGUGUUGUCCGAACACUAUGCAAUUUGUCCGUUUCGGUUGGAUAAGCUGGCCGAGAUCGUGGAUGGGUUAGGUGCCCGGCAGCGGGUUCUCCCGGUGUUCUACUAUGUGCCCACGUCUGAUGUGCGGUAUCAGACUGGUAGCUAUGAAGUAGCAUUGGGUGUUCAUGAGUACUAUGUUGAACGUGAGAGGUUGGAGAAAUGGAAGAACACUUUGGAAAAAGUUGCUGGCUUUGGCGGCUGGCCCCUCCAACGGACUGGGAAGACAUAUGAAUACCAGUAUAUCGAGGAGAUUGGUAGGAAGGUCUCUGAACAUGUUGCUUGCUCUGUUGAACUGCAUUCUCGAGUGCAGAAAGUUAAUGAACUUCUGUAUUCUGAAUCUGAUGAUGGUGGAGUCAAGAUGGUUGGGAUAUGUGGAGAAGAUGGAACAGGUAAAACAACAGUAGCUUGUGGAGUUUAUUACUCCAAUGCUGCUGGAAACAGGUUUGACUAUUUUUGCUUUCUUGAUAAGGUGGGAGAAUGUUUAAGGAAUCACGGAUUUAUAGGUCUCAUAGGUAUGCUUCUCUCUGGAAUGAUUGGUGACAGCAACAACAACAGUGAUAUCAUGAAAUUUGGAAAUACAAACAAAGGAAUGUCAAUAUUAAAGCGAAAAUUCUUGAAAGAAGAAAAGAAACUUUUUUUAGUUCUUGAAGACAUUUAUGAUGAAAAGCAAUUGCAAGACAUUGUUAGGCUAACUAACUGCUUUAGUUCUAACAGCAAAGUCGUCAUUACAACUAAGGACAACUCUUUGCUACACCGUCAUGAGAUUAGAUUGUACGAGGAGCAUGUCAAGCAAUUGAAGCAAGAAAUCCAACCUGCCUCGAAUGAUGGAAGCAUUUCAACAGAUGGAAUUGGGAGAAAGUACGGAGUAUGGCAUACAAGAAAUCCAGCCUGCCUCAAAUGAUUGAAGCAUGAUUUGCAAUUUGGUGGAAUUAAUUGGAACAAAAUACUGUAGGAACUAUAUGGAUGAAUUGCUUUUUCAUCAUUCAUCUUGAUAUAUUUCCUGUAAUGUUGUAAGUCUGUAAAAGUGAUUUUUAUUUACUUAAGUUAGUUAGUUUGUAUACAAUGGAAUAGGAGUGUGGCAUGCAAGAAAUACAACCUGCAGCCUCAAAUGAUGGAAGAAUGAUUUAUAAUCCUAUGGAAUUUGAAUAUCAAUUGUCAUAAUAAAACUGUUCUUCCUCCUCUUCUCAAGAUCCUUCAUGAUAUUGUCUAAAAUUUGUUUCCCUUUUUCCAAAAUGGUGGCAUAUGACUCUAAGGACUUGUUUCACUGGCAUAAAGACAUAUUGAGCAGAGAAGCAAUUUGCUUUUGUAAUCACUGGCCAUUGUUUUAUAUGCAUUGCACAUUUGAUUUAUAUGUGACCGCAUGGCUAUGUCGGAGGGGGGAAGUAAUUGUACAUCUCUGCCCAUGUUUCCAUUUAUUUGUGGUGUCCGAAUUUGUCACAUCUUGUGCCAAAUUUGCCUUUUAAUAAUACAACUUUCAUUUGCUUAGCAAAAAAUAAAUUGCACAUUUGAUUAAUAAGGUUUCUGGCAGCACUGUGUGAGGAAUGGACAGCUCCAAAUUUCCAAAGAUGAAAUGGAUUUGGGCAGAACCUCCUCUGGUAAGCAUUGGAGGCUGGGGCAGUCAUCAAGAAACAAAUUCUUGAAAGAGGAGAGGUGGCAAAGACCCUUCUAGUCCAGUCUUUUAACAUUUGGACAAUCACUGAUUUCCAGAGAAAUAAGAGCUUGUGGCAGUAAAUCUUCCUCAGGAUGAUACUCCACAUCCAGUCUUCCAAUAAAUAAGAAUUCUAGAGAGGGAUUGGCUCCCCAGGCCCUUUUCAGUGAGGCGAUGAGUUUCAAGCAAUUACAAAGAGACAUAUGUUUUAAAUUUGAUGGCAAACCUCCUUCUAAUGAUUCAACUUUUGGAAUUUGGACAAUCAUCUAUAAAUAAGUAACAAAAAGAUUGAAGGAGGAUAUGCAUGUGUUCAGGCAAUGAUUCAAAUUUAGGGCACUCUCUGAUUCAAAUUGAGGACAAAGAAGUUGCUCUGGCAGGUGCCCUUUCAGCUUGGGGCAUUCCUUUAUACAAAGAUGUUGAAGACAUGAAAAAAACCUGUCACAGCCUGGCAUUCCCAUUUUUCCCAUUCUUCCAUUUGGCAGAACUCCAGUGUUUCUAAGGAUGUAAAUGAAGAAGAGUUAUUCCCAUAAAAUUCAGCAUCAAUAAGCAAUAUCCCAUUAAGUCCAUCAAUCCUCAGGUACUUGAGACAUGACAAAAGUCCAAGGGGAGGCAAACGUUGCCAUGAUUGACAGUUCUCCAUGGUUAAGGACACCACAUUCAAUAAUGAAUUAUUGAAUAAUCACCUUGGAAAGUGUUUGGAAGGAUGUAGAUUCUCAGUUAAAAUUCCAUCCCUUUCUAUUGUUGAAUCAUCAAGAUUUUCAAGGUCCUCAAGCACUUGUUCCAUACUUGAUUUAAUUUCCUUGUUAAAGGAACUAACAAGAGAAGAUUUGAAGAAAUUUGGUACCUUGCAAGUGCAGCCAGUGCAGGUUUGAGAUUCAGCUUCAACUUGGCAUUUGGAGAUUUCAUAUUGUAUUUCAUCCAAGAGAUCCUCUGUGUCAAGUACAGCAUCUUUGACCUUAAGAAGCCAGUUUCUGAGAUGUGGAUCUCUGAACUGCUUUAGUUCUGCAUCAUCAGCCAAAACCUGGAUGGAGUUCAGCAUGAUUUCCAAGUUGUUGAGCAGCUUUUGAUCAAGCUUUCUUCCACGAAAGAAGUCCAGGAUUUGAGGAGAAGCAAGUUUCUCAAAUGCAACCCGAAGGAAAGCAGAAAGAAGAGCACCACCUACCAAUUCGGCAAUUCUAGUGCCAUGGUAGGAAAAUUAGUAGAGUGGAUGAAUGAAAAUGAUUAAUUUGAAGUGCAGGGUUAAUAUUCUGAUGAAAUGAGUAGUAAUAAGCUAUUUUAUGAAUGGUGAUCUUUUUCUUUGAUGCUCAGUCAA